CGGAUUUUUUUGGAAGUAGAUCAUCCGGUCUUUCUUCCGAGGUGUCUCUGAGUAGAAUUGAACCACUUUUUGGUUAGCAGCUGAGCUUGUUAACCAUUUGCGCCACCCAAGGAUUCCAAGUAUGAAAUUUGAAAAUAGAAACUCCUUCAAAAUCUAACAACUCUGCAUAAGGAAGAACAGAUGAUCCAACAAGGUGAGCAUUCAAAUGAAGCCACUGUGACCUCUAAAACUGUGAAAAAAGAAACGAUGCCUAACUCUGAGUGGCCUUUGGAAGCCAAGUAAAUGACGAAGGAAACCACCAUAAACAUCAACAUCAGCAGUAAUUGACGAGCUACGGCAUCUGGAAACAAACAUACUAAUCAUGAAAACAAAUAUGACAAAUCAGAAGACACUGUUGGUACUGUUGUUUAUAUUAGCCUCCUGGAUCAUUUUUACAGUUUUCAAAAACUGCACACAGAAUUUCAAGAAGUCCUCACGCCCUGAAGCACCAUUGUGUCCAGUGAUUUCACCAGUAAAGACUGACCUGAGGAUAAAGGAAAUCACGACGAAAUUAGAUCAGCUGAUCCCACCCAGACCUUUCCCCCACAUGAACACCACCACCAGCGCAGCACACAGCAGAGUCACUGUGCUCAAUCCUCGAGACACCUACUGCACAGGGGAGCAGCUAGACCUCUUGUUGGAGGUGAGGGACCACAUGGGAUGCAGGAAGGAGUAUGGUGGGGAUUUCCUGAGGGCCAGGAUGUCUUCCCCAGCCUUGAAGGCAGGUGCUUCAGGAGAGGUGACCGACUUCAACAACGGCACCUACCUUGUCCGCUUCACUCUGUUCUGGGAGGGCUAGGUGUCUCUGUCCCUGCUGCUCAUCCACCCCAGUGAAGGAGUGUCCGCUCUCUGGCGGGCAAGGAACCAAGGCUACGACAGGGUGAUCUUCACUGGCCAGUUUUCCGGAUGCAUCUGCCAUGUCAAUACUGAUUGUGCCCUGGUUUUAAACUCAAGUGCUAAACUGUGCCAGUACCUAGAUGCUCAAGACCAAGAGACCUUCUACUGCGUGAAACCUCAACAAAUGCCCUGUGCUGCACUCACCCACAUGCACUCCAAGAACAAGGAAGUUUCUUAUCUCAGCAAACAAGAAAGGAGCCUCUUUCAAAGAUCAAAUGUGGGCGUAGAGAUUAUGGAAAGCUUCAAAGCCAUUCACGUCUCCAAAUGCAACAUACAAGCAGUUCCAAGGAAAGAGAAAUGCAAGCUUGGGAUGAGAUCCACAGUCCCCAGUGGGCAUGUCUGGGAAGACACCUGGAAUCCUGUCUCCUGUAGCUUGACUCCCACUGAAAUGAAAGAAUGCCUGAGAGGAAAACUCAUAUAUCUCAUGGGUGAUUCCACAAUCCGCCAGUGGAUGGAAUACUUCAAACAAAAUAUCAACACACUGAAGUCAGUGGAUCUGCAUGAAUCUGGAAAACUUCAACAUCAACUUGCUGUGGACUUGGAUAGGAAUAUCAACAUCCAGUGGCAAAAACAUGGUUACCCCUUGAUUGGAUCAUUGACCUAUUCAGUCAAAGAGAUUGAGUACAUCGCCCGGGUCAUUGACAGAAUUGGAGGAGGAAAAAAUACUGUCAUUGUUAUUUCUCUGGGCCAGCAUUUUAGACCCUUUCCCAUUGAUGUUUUCAUCCGAAGGGCCCUCAAUGUCCACAAAGCUGUUUGGCGUCUUCUUCUGAGAAGCCCAGACACUAUGGUUAUCAUCAAGGCAGAAAACACCAGGGAGAUGUACAGUGAUCCAGAGAGAUUCAGUGACUUUCAUGGCUACAUUCAGUAUCUUGCCAUGAAGGAAAUUUUCCAGGAUAUUAAUAUAGGUGUCAUUGACGCCUGGGAUAUGACCAUUGCAUAUGGCACACAUGAGGUCCACCCACCUCAAUCUGUGGUCAGAAAUCAGAUUAAUAUAUUAUUAAACUAUAUUUGCUAGACAGCACAUAUCUCUGCAGUUCAUUCACUUAAUUAAAAACAUUAAGUGGAUGCUAG